AUGGUAAAGUAUCAAUUUACUAGUCAGGAUGCUGAAAAAUCGAUCGCUUAAUUUACCAAAUUAAAAGAAAUUAUUGAUAACUAAGCUAUUAUCAUAAACUAAUUGAAAAUGGAAAAUGAUUAAUUAAGGUUACAGCUUUAAAAAUUAUCUUAACAAAUAGAUAAAACCCAAAGGGAAUAAUAAUCCAAUAGUGAUUUAUUAGGAAUAAAUCAAAAUAAAGUAAGUUCUACCUUGCCCCAUUUUUAAACUGAUAAUUAAAAUGUUGAAAGAUUAGCAAACAUUUAUGACAAAGGUUAUAAUCCCUUCGCAUUAAACCUAAAUAAUCAAUGUCGAAAUGAGCCUAAGUUUGAUCCACAAUAAUAAUAUAACCCAUUUUAAAACCCUGGUGAUUCCUAAAUACUAAAGAGGGAUGCAUUUUCUGAUUUACAAUGUUAAUUAAGCUAAUUGGAAUAAGAAAAAGCAUCAUAAUAAACUAAUUAUUAAUAAUUUUUUGAUGCAAAUAAUCAACCACAAUAAAAGCAGAGUCAUUCUACAAGUAUAUUUGAAAAUCCAUCUUUACCUAAUUUAAAUGCUGCUCCAAAUAAUAAUACAAAUAAUAUUUUUUAUAAUGCUGCUCCAGAUAAUAAUACAAAUAAUAUUGUUUAAGAUGCUCCUCCAGAUAAUAAUAUUUUUAGAAAUGCUGCUCUAAAUAAUAAUACAAAUAAUAUUUUUUAUAAUAUUAAUGCAAAUAAUAUUUUUUAAAAUGCUGCUCCACAUAAUAAUACAAAAAGUAAUUUUUGCAAUAACGUUAACAAUGAUGAAAAUCAAAAAUAAUAAAUAAAUUCUCAAGAAAAUCAUGAAUAAGAAUCCUUAUUAUUUGGGGAUCCUUCAAAUUGUUAUUAUAAUGUUUAGAAGUCUGAAAGUAAAGCUUUAGAUUAGGUGUAAUUAUUUAAUUAAAAGGAAUCAAUUAAUGAUUAGGAUAUUAAGCAAUUAGAAAAUAGUAAAGAAAAUUCAUCUUAGAAUUCAAGCUCAUUUAAGGCCAGUUCAAGUGAAAAACAUGAAGAGUUUUAAAUAAUAGAAAAGGAUGAAGAAUCUAAUUCGAUUUGA